AUGGACAGUACCGAUCCAAACAGCCCGGAGUACGUCUCGCAGGAGAGAUGCUACGAGCUCAUGGGCGAGCGUAUGGUGCAACACAUGCUCCAGGGCUUCAACACCUGCUUGUUCUGCUAUGGGCAGACGGGCACGGGGAAGACGACCACGAUCAUGGGCAAUGGACCGGCAGGGACCGCUUCGGGUGGAGGGAAGACCGGUGGAAAGCCGAAGAAGGCGUCCAGUACGGCGGACAGGAGCACCUGCAGCCAAGCACCACCUGGUGAGACAGGAGCCCUUGGAGAGGCACAGCACGACAUGCGGUGGAAGUUCCAGCAUCGUCUGGCCUUGGGACCUUCGUCCCCUUUUUGCUGCGUGGGUAUGCAGCUGCCGGGGGGUUCAGAAGGUGCGAAGGUGUUGAACUCCCAGCCGCAGCUGGCGCACCGGAGGACGCGGAAGUUGAGCUCCGACGUGAAGUGGCUGACCCUGACGUGUCACCUUCUGAAGCACUUGGAUGAAGCCUUGGCUCGCUUCAACGAACCACGAACCACCGUCCCGUCAGGCGGAAUGAUCUCUCAGGCCGAGGAGGGCAUGAAGCUCUUCGAAGCUCAGCAGGGCAGCGCUGCGGAGGUCGACACCGCCGGCGCUGAGAAGUAUAAGACAGAGGUGGAAGCUCGCAUUCAAGCCUUGGAAGCGGAAGCGAACCUGCUCACGGGCAAGGACAACAAGAAGGAGCGCGCUGCCAAGGGGAAAGAGGUGGCGGAGCUCAAGGCUGAGCAGUGUUACGUGGACGCCUGCAAGAUCGUGAAAGGCCUGGAGCCGAAGUUUGGUUACUUCGUGACCAAGCCAGCAGAGGCGCCCAAGCAGGCGGAGAAGGAAGAGGUGGUGGAAGAGGUGAAGGUGGACAAGGCCAAGAAGGACAGCAAGAAGGAACCGAAGAAGGAGAGUGCGGGUUUGAGCCCUGCAGAGACCAAGGAGCUGGAGGAUUUGAAGCAACAAAUCGUUGAGAGGAAGGCCAUCUUGAAGGAGCAGGGCAUGAGCGGUGGUCAGCAGAACAAGGAUGAGGAGGUUGUGAAGAUGGUCGCACGCAUGAACGAGCUCAAAGAGAAGCAGGACCCAGGAAGCACCAAGAAGGAGAAGGACCGAACCAAGGAUUCGAAGAAGAAGACUCCAUUGAGCGCAGAGGAACAGAAGGAAUUCGCACAGCUCCAGAACGAGAUCGAGAUUUACAAGGCCAAGCUUCGAAGCGAGUUCGGCUACAGCAACAAGGACAUGAAGGCAGAUCCGGAUCUCAAGGACAUGGAGGCCCGACUGGCUGCUUUCGAGAAGCGAAGUUGA